AAAUGUUACAACAGCUACUGCUGUGUCUCAUAUCACUAAAUAUAUCUGGCAUCUACGCAAGUUGCACCGUGACGCGCGUAAUCAUGCGCGUGCCUCGAGAGCACGAUAUAGGCCUCGUCUUCGAUCUGACGUUAAGCAAUCGGAAAAAGGAUAAAUCUGAAUUGCUGGAGCUGACGGUGAGCUCUAAUGGCGAUUGCACCUUAAACUUGACCAAUGGGCAGCAGCUGCAAGCGGGCACAAUUUUCGGGGGUGACUUUGGCUCCAUUGAACCGGGUAACAGCGUCACCGUGUCCUUGGUGUGGCCCACUGUGUCGCUUUACAAUCGCGUCGGCAGCUGCCCCAUUGUUAUCAGCAGCGCCAAUCAUCAGAACGAGGUAUACAAAACGAAUCAAAUUGUAUACUUUGAUACGCGGUUUGAGACCUUGGAUCCGGGCAAUCACUCGCUGCGACGGCGCAAAGAUUAUGUCGACUGCAAGAACUGGGAUCAAGACUAUUUGCGCAACUGCACUCCCCUCAACUGUGAGGAGCGUUAUUUCGGAAAGCGCAGCUUCUACAAUCGCACGACAGAGCAGUGUGAGCCAGUUCCGCCGUGCUUUGGCGAGGAUGUGGUAUAUGAUUUCUAUGCCAACGAGUGCAUUGAUAUGGACAGCUAUAUAACGGAUGAGGAAAUAGAGCAGCUGAAGCAGGGAAAGUUUGAUAAUAACUUUUUGGACUUGCAGCCUUAUAAUACGGAGUGGCAUUCAAGUGAACAGAAAAUAAAACAUAACGACCCCCAUCGCAAACAAGCCUUAAAGAAGUGCAAUUUUGCUUCUGAACUAUCUUUAAUUGAUUUUAACAAUUGUUUCCAACAUCUAAAAGAUCCAAUAGUAAUGGAGACAAAAACAAUUAAAUCAACAGUAUCAAAAAAACUAAAAAAAAAAUCAGCAGCACCCAAUUCAAUAUUGAGAAGCUUCUACUACGAUUUUUACAUGCCGCUCAAUAAAGAAAACAAUUUGGAGGAUGAUACGAACAACUUUAAAGGGAACAGAACAUCAGGAAGUGAUAGCAGUAACAAAGACGAAGACAAUAACAAUUACAAGGGUGACAAGGUCAGCUCAGGAACAAUAACAAAAUUAACUUGGCAUAGCACUAAAAAAUGGUUAACUUUCAUUAUAACGGUGCUACUCAUUCUCGUCUUGACGUGUAUUACCUAUAUAGUAGUGUGUCUGACCAUAUACAAAAUUCUGGAGAUUUUAGCUGGUCUAAAACCACAUGAAGGAACCGGCGAUCACUUAAGUAAACGUCUAACUCCGCGAAAGCAACAUGUCUCACAUAAUGUUAUGACCUCAGCUAGUUUAAUGUCACAAUUGAAAUGA